GAAGUUAACUUUACAGUAAUUUAGUUGAAAUCUCAAUUAUAAUAAAUUCUGCAACAUUACCAAAAUCAAACAGUUGAGUGUGAGAAUGCUAUUUCCUACACUUUUAUGUAAGUUUACUGAGCCUGCCACAGCUAUAAGAACUCCUAAAAGAUUGUACAAGUAUCUCAUGAGAGCAUGUGAAAAACUUCCUACAGACCCAUGUGAUCAUUACAAACAUGCAGUUCGACAAGGCUUCAGACAACACUCGGAAGAAGAUGAUCCUGAGAGAAUAAAUCGUAUAAUUCAGCGAACUAUAACAGAUGCUGACUGGGUGUUAUCUAAGUACAAAAAGAUAGAGUAAAAUCUUCACCAUCUUAUCAUGGAGAAGCAUAAUAUGGACCACGAUUCUGAGGACGGGGCCACCCCUACACUUAGCAAGAAAGCCAAAAUUGUGGAAGCACCUGCUGUUAUGUCUAAUGAAAUACCCUUAAACAACUUGAUUGAUGUGUCGUCUGGCUGCUGUUGUCUGGAGAGCAAUGACGCAUAUACAUCACCUGGAUUACCAGGAUCAUUUUCAGACCGGCAAGCGUUCUGGGAAGCACUCAAAGUCCACGUUGAACGACCUCAUAUACUCAACAGACGCUUGUGCGGCGCAGUCGACAUUUGGUGGGGCAUUCUUUGUAAUAAUUUUCCCACACAAGUGAUUUCGGAUGCAACUGGCAAAUCAGAAAAAAAUAAUAAACUUGAUUUACAAGUUGAAGUGAAUAAAAUACCUGGAUACCAAAAUACCAAAAGCUCAACAAUAAUUGAUUAUGAAUUUUCCCCCAAUUCUCGGAACUUACAUCUGUCGGAUUUAGCUUCUAUUUGGCAAGUUCUCAAUUCAGCAAGCCAAGUUGAAGACCUUAAUGAGAGUCCUGGCGAACCCUUUGCAGCUAAUUCUUCACUGUGUAGCACGAAAUCAAAGAUGAUGCAGCUGCAGACAAAAGUGACUAGAAAGCUUACAGAAAUUGGGUUCAAAGAAUUCACCUCAAAAGAAGCGUUAGCGGAAGCCUGGUUGUCACUGGAGAAAUGCAGUUGUUGCGUGGUGGUGAGAAAGGUUCUUCCUAAACUACAAGAACGCUACGCCACUGUUCUUGAAGUCAUCGUUUUGGAUGGCGCGAACGACUGCUGUAUUUUUCUGAACAGCACCGCGCUCCCGCCGCUACUGCCAGCAAGACCAUACAUGAUAAGCCUCAUCACUUCUGCUGGAGCUGCUGUUGAGGGCGAGACGAUCGCUGUCUGUGGCCUCUUUAAGAGCACCUAUCUUGCCGGUGUUCCUCAACUGACGGCAGAAGGCGGGCCUACAGGCGACGGCAGAGCCUGGCUACAAGGCACAGUCUUGCCUCGUCUGCACAAGUGGGCUAAGCCCCGAGUAUCUCAGGAAACUGCCAUCAGGUCUCUGCAGCUCAUCAAUCUCCAGUCCUAUGGUCUUCUCUACCACAACCUCAAGACCAAGUAUGCCAAUCAUCUCAUUCAGUCGUGGUCUGAGCGAACUGACCCCAAGAAGUUUGUACACGAAGACAUCGGCAUCGCGACGUACCUGCUGCUGCUGUGGUCACAGCAUAGCCGCCCUCAGCGCUUCAUAGACCUGGGCUGUGGCAACGGCCUGCUCGUGUACAUCCUGACAAAGGAGGGCCACUGUGGCACGGGCUACGACAUCAAGAGUCGCAAUAUUUGGCUCGAGCGUUUCUCUGAUAUUGAUUUGCAGGAGCUGGAAGUGACACCAAACACGACAAGUUUUAGCGCAGACGUGGACUGGCUCAUCGGUAACCACUCAGACGAGCUCACGCCUUGGCUGCCUGUCAUGGCUGCCCGCACCUCACACUUCUGCUCCUUCUUCCUCCUGCCUUGCUGCCCUCAUGACUUUACCACCAAAUUCCUGAGACGCAACACCAAGAAGAGUCAAUACGGCGACUACUUGGACUACGUCGAAGUCAUAGGCCGCGUGUGUGGCUUCAAUGUAGAGCGAGAUCGUCUCAAGAUUCCUUCGACGAAACGCGAGUGCUUCGUGGGGCGCUCGAAAUUGCACACGGAGCAAGAGAGGCCUUCGGUGUUGACGUCUAUUCAAGAGUUCAUCGACUCCAGAGUUGCUGCCAACGUGUCCAAUUUGGGUCGUGGUACUGACUUGAAAAGAUCCGGCGAUUUUGUAGCUCGUCCCAAAGAACAGCGCGUGCGUAACUGCACACAACUCGCCAGGGGCGUCAAAGAAGACCUCGUGCAGUGCGUGGUCAGACUUUUGUUGGGCGACGGUGACAAGAAGGAGGAAUGGUGGGCGGGAGGCAGCAUCGAGCUUCGUGACGCUGCUGCUUCUCUGACUGCAGAACAGCUGCGGCAAAUGAAGCAGGAGUGUGGCGGCCUCAAGACGCUCCUCAAGAACCACAGGCACAUCUUCUUACUACAAGGAAGCCAAGUCCAACUCAGGGCACCAGGGAGAGUUGCGGAGUUCGAGAAACGCCAGCGUCCUUGUUGGUUCUCAGCAAACCAUCCCCAAGGCUGCCCCAACUCUGCUGAUGAAUGCAUGUAUUGCCAUUGACUUGCUUAAAUUUGAGCGUGUGCUCAGUAAUAAGGUCAUAUCACACACAAUGAUCAGCCUACUGUUUCAAUGUUGCCGCAACUAAUAUGAUACUCUGAGACACUCCAAAGAUACCUUUUUUUGGCAGAAAUACUUUGAACUACAUUUGUUGCAAAUGAAGGAAAUGGAUUACUACUGCUCCAGUAACACAUGAAUUUUAUGUAACCUAGCAAGUAAUAGGUACCUAGAAUAUGGCUUUUGUUGCUCGUUAUUGAAUUCUGUGCACAAUUUGAGUUUUUUUCACGGAUAUUCUGAUAAGCUCCGCAGAACAAGGAACGGAUAAUGAAAAACAUUUUUUGUACGGUUUAUUGGCAGCGAAGGUUGGCUUACUAAUCCAUUGAAUGCAAAAUGAAGGUUAAACAUCCUAAGAUAUUUAGAUAAUAUAACUUGAGUUAGCGGACGCAACAAAAUGUUACACUUCGCAAGUAACAGAAUAUGUAAGAGAGACCCCGUAAUUAUCGUAAGCCCACUAUGCCAUGUCGCUUGAGAGCCGAGUGCAAUCGAUACGAAUAACGACGGGUUUAUAGAUGUCGAGAAUUGUACACUACAGUGAUUUAUGUCCUGUGUAUAUUGUUAUUGGAAGUCUAUACCGUGAUGUACUUAAUAUAUGUGAUAUGAAAAACAGUUUCAUUACUGUAAGGGUGUAAGCAAUGCAGAAAUUCUAUUACGAAUGUGUCAGCAAAAUCCAUGAGAACUUGAUGGGGUUGCGUAUCUCCGAGAGUUAUGAUGCCGAAAAUAAUUGAGGUGUUCAAAC